AUGGCUACAGAACAAGCCCGCCCAGCCUCGCAGAAGUUUCCUGCAGGUCUGGCCGGCGUCCUCAACCCCUCCGACGACAAUAGAGACUCGGCCUACUACUCGAGCACGGACGCCUCUAGCAAGCGUGCCAUCCUCAGUCCCACCAACUCAGGUUUCCACGAAUCCAACGGGGACAAGACACCUUCGCCCGUAUCAACCAACUUGCUACCGCAACCUCUAGUAUCCCCCGUCACGAGCAACAUGAGCGUCGCAUCCAUCGUCUCCCCCACAAACCCCACCCGCGCAGACCCUCGGCUUGUCGAUCGCACCUACUCCAUCGACUCCAGCGCAGCCCUGAACUGCGAUGCAGAACCAAUGUCCCGGCGCGAGAGCGUCGACAGCAGGAUCAAUCAGGAGUUUGGAGGCAUGAGGCUCGGCCCAUCGCCCUACGCAAGCGCCAAUCACUCCACCACCUCUAUCCAAAACACCCUGCAGCAGCAACGAAACCCGAGGACGGGCCUCGACACACUGUCCAUCCACCGCAUCUCCAAUGGAUACCAGCCAAGUACCGAGCGUAUCCCCCUGGACAACCAGAUCAAGGCCAUUCGCACCGCUCCUACCAUUACCGGACCUACAACGGGUACCAUUGCGCGUGCCGCAGAACCCACCAAGGGCCAGGCCUGGGCUUUUCCCGAGGAUGAGAUGCAGAGGCUGCCAUCGGGCGCUCAUUCGCUCAUAGACUCGAGGAGGAGCAGUGUCGCCGACUCGUUUGCCAGCAGCCAGUUUACCGCGGAGUCAAGAUUGCCGCCUGGGCAACGCAGGUUGGACGAGGGUUUGGCUACACCCGACUACCACCGCAUGUCGAGUAACUCGGGCGAGUUCCCCGCCGUGCACCAUCACUCUCUGCAGCACAGGCAACUGGGCGACCUGCAGGCGGAGGAGGCCAACGGCCAUGCGGGCGCUCAACCAUACAGCAGGACCCCCGAGCUGCGAGUCAGCCACAAGCUGGCAGAACGGAAACGAAGGACAGAGAUGAAGGAGCUGUUCGAGCAGCUGAGGGACCUGAUGCCCCAGGAGCGCGGGUCCAAGGCGUCCAAGUGGGAGAUUCUCACCAAAGCCAUUUCCGAGCACCAGCGCCAGAAUGACACGAUCAAAUAUCUCCAACAGCAGCACCACUCAGUCGUCUCCGACUUGGAAAUGCAGCGCCGCGAGCUAGCUGCUCUGAGGAUGGAGAACUCGCAGCUGCGAGGCGAGCUGACGGCCGUCUCAACAAACCAUGCUGGCGCUAACCACAAUACCGCGGCCCCUGCUGCAGGGUUCCAGGCGAGAGACACCCAGCGGCCAGAACUUCCACCACUGCGGUCCCUCAGCGGCGAUAUUCCGACAGUUCCCGAGUCGAUGACCGGCGUACAGUACAGCGAGCAGCCGAGAAUGAGUGGCUACCGGACUUCUGAUGCCCGCUACUAG